AUGGUUGUUCUCCAUGAAAUUUCUGAAGGGGCUUCAUCUUCUUCUUCAACUCAUGGUCAUAGAUAUGAUGUAUUUUUAAGUUUUAGAGGUGUUGAUACUCGUAAUAGUUUCACUAAUCACCUUUAUAAUGCUCUCAUGCAUGCCAACAUCACUACCUUCUUGGAUGAUGAAGAGAUUGAAAUAGGGGAAGAUCUGAAACCAGAAUUGGAGAGUGCCAUUAAAUCAUCUAGGGCUUUUGUUAUUGUGCUGUCAAAGAAUUAUGCUGACUCCACGUGGUGUUUUGACGAAUUGGUGCUGAUCCUUGAGCAACGUAUGACAUCCAAUCAUAUUGUUAUUCCUGUCUUUAUCAUGUUGAGCCCACACAUGUCAGGAAGCAAGAAGGUAGCUUUGGAGAUGCAAUGGCUAAGCAUAAAAAGAUGA